AUACCACGGGUUCCAGCCUCUCUUGCAUUGUAUCUCUUUCCAACGCGAACCCAUCUUCUCAAUGCACCAUCACUGCUAAUUUUAACUCCUCUCUCCUCCUCUCUUUCUCCCCUUCCCCUUUCUCUCGACUCGUCUAUUCUUCCUCAUCAUGUCCUCCGAGUCCUCCAAUCUACCGACCCAGAACGUACACGAGUCCCGCACCACCAACGAAUCUCGCCCUCGCCGGUCGCGUCGUAAGAAGGACGACGACCACGAUCCCGACCGCAAAGACACGAUUCGAGCGACUAAAGCGAAGGAUACAGAUCGGAAGGAGGAGGGUCAAGACCCGAAUAUCAUCCACAACAAGGACAAUCGCGAGAAGGAGCCCAAGCGAGGCAGUCGGCGCCAGCGAGACAAGUCAGUCUCGAGUGCGAGUGCUCAUCUGGCUUCAUCGUCUUCACAAGCCCGCAAGAGACCGAAGUUGGAGCCAGCCACGCCAGACCAGAGUCCGGCGCCCACGACUGUCUCUGUGCCUGGAACCACCGGACCUGCUCUUUUGCCCUUUGCAGCGACAACAAAUGGAGUAGUUGCAGCGCCAGUCCCAUUAUACGCCCACGUCCACCCCCUUCAUACAAAUCCCCUCUCAACCCAACAACAACAACCGCCAUCACCCCUGGUGAAUGCUACUGCUGCUGUAACGGCUGUGACUGCUGUCUCUGCCGCUUCAGCUCCCACCCCCAGCACGCCGGGCCCCAGUCCUUCAGGGCACAGUGUUCCUUCACACCGUCAUCCGGCGCUUAUGCCGGCGACGCGUCCAAUCCACGCGAAUAUUCCCCGACCUCUGCCCUCGUCUCAUCCCACUCCUACUCCCCCGCCCGCGGCUUCUGCACCUUAUCCGACCAUGAGGCCAUCCGCGCCACCACACCACUCGCCUGCAGCUCCGCCGCCGUCUACUGCUGCUCAGCCCCCGCAGCGGACCAGCGGCCAGAAUUUCGAUCCGAUUCGGUCAGCUUUUGAUGUUUCCUCAUCCGCCCCGCCAGCGUUUAGUCCUCCUACCCAUUCCAUAUCUCCCCGUCCCAAUCGCGCCAGUGCAUCACCCGCUAUCGCCAGCAUUAUUGACCCGCCGACAACGGCCGCUCCGUCGAUUUACACCCCACGACCGUAUGCGUCUCCUGUCUUAGGUCCGCCCAGUCAACCCUCCCCGGCGAUACCUAAACCCGCACCCACGCCGCCUCAAGUGCCUAUUCAGCUACAGUCCCAACCAACCUCACCGUAUGCGCAUCGAUCUCCCUAUGCGGCGCCCCCUCCCCCUGCACCGGGCCUCGAGCUAUCGCAGUCGACACCACCGUCAGCGAAUGCGGUUGCUGCUACACCAUCGUCGGCUCCCGUAGCACCCCCAUCGGUGCCGGCAACGGCGACGGCACCGUCACCACUCGCACCGUCCCCACUCGCACCAUCACCACUCGCACCGUCACCACCCGCUCCCGCCCCGUCUAUCAAACCCCCGCCGACCCUGGAGCCGACACCGAUGGAUGUUGAUCCCGAGCCUCCCGCUCCGGCGCCUGCUGUACCCAAGCCGACCAAGAAGGAGGUCAAAGCUAGCUCCGGAGGGGUCCCAGCGUCGAAUGCCACAUCACCCAAACCGGCCAAACCGGCCAAGGACUCAGCGCCUCCCCCAUUACCUCAAGGUUCAGGCUUGAUAUCCAAUGCGCUGUUUGGCUUGGACGGUAGCGCACCCACUAGCGAAGCGUCGCAGCGGCGCACCCCCAACAUCAUCCUUCACAUCCCCCUCCAAGGGGAUGGCAACAGGAUUGUCAAUUUCGCGCGUCUGGCAGAGGAGCAGUACGGCUUCGCUGCGCUGCAUCCGCGACUCGCGGCUCAGAAAGAGCGCUUGGCGCGGGUCGCUGCCGCUGGGGCUGCUCUUGAACGCAGUGACAAGGCGGGACGAGGUGUUUCUGCCGGGGAGAGCGCCGACGAAGAUCUCACCCUUGACGUCGACCGUGAUAGUGAGAUGGAUGGGGAAGGUGCUCUCGGCGCCCCAGCGCGAUCGAAUGGACCGGAGCUCACGGAAGGCAAGAAGAAGCGGCGUAAGAAGAAGAUGGAGGAGUACGAUCGCGAUGAUCCCUUUGUAGAUGACAGUGAGUUGGCUUGGCAGGAACAGGCCGCUGCCAGUAAGGAUGGAUUCUUCGUCUACAGUGGCCCUCUGGUACCCGAAGGCGAGAAGGUGCAAGUAGAACGAGCCGACGGUACCAUCAAGAGAGGUCGGGGCCGUGGCCGAGGCAGUCGUGGUCGGGCCCCUGUCACGGCGCAUCACCAGGUACCACUGGCUGCGGCCAUUCCCAUUUCCCAGGAAACCGGUCUACCUUUGCGCGGCCCUGGAUCGCGGGGUGGUGGCACUUCUCGCCGGGGCCGCGUCAGCAAGGCUGCCCGACACCAAGGCGACCAUGAGAAAUCCGGUAGCACCACAUUGACUCCCGGUCGUGGAGGAGGGGCAGCGGGUCGUGGUGGCUCGACGAGCACACGCGGUGGAAGGACACCGGUCGAGCUCGCCCCGCGACCCAACCUCGUUCCCGCCCCCUCCGGCCCCAAUCCUGCCACAAACUUGGAUGGCGGAAGACGAUAUUGAUAUUUGAUAGAGGGUGCGAAGUGAUUCGGGGGGAGGAGGAAACCCGGAUAUCUUCUCGCAGAAGGCCGUGGGGCAUUGUAGCAGAGCCUGUCU